AAAUGCAUCACUAACUAUUUAACGAAAGGGUUUCUCUUGAAGAACCGUAGGCCAUAAGCAGUCAUAAUGGAAAUAUAUAGGUUAGGGUGCUUCUUAUUCUGCUUAUACUUCUGCAGUGCUUAUGAAGAAGCUUACCUGGGAGAUCUUCCUCUUGAAAAUCCGGAUUUAUUCGGUGGAGAUAUCUUAGGUGUAGAGGGUGAAGAGGAUCGAAAUGCAGUUGUUGAUAAAAGGAUGGUUUGGCCAGGCGGUGUCGUUCCUUAUGUUUUAGAUGAGGGAUUGGAUAAGACUGUCAAUCCAGCCAUUAUGACAAACGCCAUGUGGCUGUACGGUAGAGAUACCUGCAUUAAAUUUGUAAAAAGAACAAAUGAAAAGGAUUAUAUCAGGAUAUUUCCAGGUCAAGGAUGUUAUUCUCAUGUUGGAAAGACUGGCGGUGCCCAACCUCUUUCUUUGGGUAUUGGAUGCGGCUACAUGGGAACUGUCAUCCAUGAACUGGGUCAUGCGGUCGGCUUCUUUCACGAACAGAACAGAUCCGACAGAGACGAUUGGCUGACUAUAUUUUGGGACAAUAUCAAGGAAGGUAUGGCCGAUCAGUUCUUCAAGCUGAAACCUGAUCAGAACCAACUACUAACCCCCUUCGAUUACGAUUCCAUUAUGUUGUAUGGCUCCUACACCUUCUCGAAAGAUAGAAGGAACCUGAAGACGAUGGUCGGGCGUAACAACAUGUUCUUGAAGGACGUCAUCACUAAAUAUUUCAUGAGUAAAAGCGAUAUUAUAAGAUUCAAGAAGCUCUACAAUUGCCCUUGAAUGUCCGAGGUUCCAUUUGCUCAUUGGAAUAAACGAAAAAAAUAAAUGCAUUUCUGAGGAAAAAUUGUUUA